AUGGAGCAGGAAUGCGCUGCGGUGUCUGGGGGCAGCUCGGUGUCCCUGAACGAAGCUGAGCACAGGUUUUACUCAGGUCUCCAUGCUCUGUGCCAGGCUGCGGACUCUCCGGGAACUCUGUCCUGCAGCAAAGUGGCAGAGCUGUUCAAAGCGUCUCAGCUGCCUCCUGAAUCUCUGCACAAAGGGCCGGUGCAUCCCAAGCUGCAGCUGUCUGUGGAGCCCGACGCAGGGCUCGUAGAUGGCAGGGAUCCACACCACGCCGACGAGGACGGGGAGAGCAGGGGCCGCGGGGGCGGACCACAUCAUCCGAACCAACGACACACACCAGCCAGCUGUCAGCAGGGUCCAGCGACCGCGGGCUCAGAAAGAGACCAGGUGACUGAGGCGUGUGGAGCCAAGCAUUUGGGUUACUUUGACACCCCUCAGUUCUACCUUGCCCUGAAGCUGCUCGCAGCCACGCAGGCUGGUCUGCCUGUUCGCCUGGAGAGCGUAACCGCCAGUCUACCUCUGCCCAGAUUCGCUGGACUCAAGAGCGAGCCAGAGAUGCGAUAUGCAGCAGCUCCUGCAGGCACAGAUGGCCCGGGGGCUCUGUGUGGGUCGGGCCCUGGUUCUGCCGUGUGGACUCCAGCAGACAGGUUCACCUUCAGACACCUGGAGACUAACGCAGACAAAAAGGAACCAUGGUCCCCGCCUCGAUCGCCGUGUAGCUCACCCCCUCACUCCCCGCACACCCCCCGCAGCUAUCUGCACACCAAGCAGAGGAAUGGAGUUGAGCCACAGACCAACAUUCAGCUGGAGCAGCACUUCUCUCCCAGCCGAUACAUGACCAAUCCCACCGUGCUUCAGGCUCCGGCAGUAGAGAGGCUCAGCCAACAGAGUGCACUGGGUUAUUGUGACGGUGACCCCUGGAGGAUCACAGCCGAACAGCUGGAGUAUUACACAAACCAAUUCAAAAGCCUGCAGUCAGACCUGGGGGCCCUGAUCCCGGGAGCUGUGGUGAAAAACUUCUUCACUAAAUCCAAGCUCCCGAUCCCAGAGCUGUCCCACAUUUGGGAGUUGAGUGAUGUGGAUAGAGACGGCGCGCUGACGUUCACCGAGUUCUGCAUCGCUUUUCACUUGAUCGUGGCACGCAAAAAUGGCUACCCUCUCCCUGACAGCCUUCCUCCAACGCUGCAGCCGGGCUUCAUGCAGCACGAAGAGGAGAUACCGUACACUCCCAACAGCGCGGAGCCUUUGAUCGUUUUUAAGGAUACAGAGCCAAGGCCUUGUCAGAUGGAGCGAAGCUUUGCAGAGCGGCUCCAGCUGAGCUCAAGCGCAAGCAAACACCUGCAUGAACAGUCCAUUAAAGAAGAUCUGCCUCACGACGCAGACUCACAGAUGAAGAUGAAAACUAGACCGAGGUCUUACUCCAGCACGUCUAUCAAAGACGCCAUGAAGAAGGCAGAGGAGCCCCCCACCCCGCCUCCUCGCCCACAGAAAACCCACUCCAGGGCUUCAUCGCUGGACCUCAACAAACUCCUCCAGCAAGGUUCUCCAGGAGUGAAAAGUGUCUGGCUGCUGCCACCACCAGCCCUGCCUCCUAGACCGUCAACCUCCCAGGUUGCUCAUUUUCUCAACACUUCAGACAAAUCCUGCCAGAACAAAGUGCAGCAGUCAAACUUUGCUGACUUCAGCCACUUCAGAGAAGAGGUUGGGCCCAAUGGCAAAAGAGUGGUAACAUACUACAGCUGGGUCCUGAAUAAGAGUGAGCGACGAUACUCCGUUACGUGGCGAAAGCUUCUGGCUGUGGUGGUGGCGUGGUUGAUAUCCUUCAGGGAGCCCGAAGGGCAGGUGGAUCACUGGCUGGAAGAAUUCCAGAGCUUUAAUUUCACUGUGGAGCACAGAGCAGGAGCAUGCCAUUCCAAUUCAGAUGCUCUGUCUCGCCAUCCAUGUGCUGCAACAGGCUGUCGUCAUUGUGAAAAGCAAGAGGAGAGAGAGCUCACAGCAACAGACAGCACAGCAACAGACGGCACAGUGCAGUUCUUGUGCAGGGUGUUCCAGGUGGUUGAUGUGAUGGAGUGGAGGGCAAAGCAGGAGCACGACCCCGACCUGCUGCCAGUCCUACAAUGGCUCAAGGGUGAGCAGCAACCCAACUGGGAUGAGGUCACUGGGCUUUCUAUCACCACCAAGGGGCUGUGGGCCAAGUUUGAUGCUCUGAGGCUGAGCGAAGGAGUGUUGCAAUGUGCCACAGGGGAGGAGAGGGGCCACUGGACCAGUCUCGUGCCCAGCUCCAACAGCAACCAGCAGGAGCACUGA